ACAAAAGCAACAGGAAUUUUUGGCAGCUUUCUAUUCGCACUGCGCUGCCUGCAUCACCUCCACGACGAACAGCCAGCCGAAUCUUUCUCGAACGAGCGGCCGUCACAAAACACACGCCUGUCGCCAGAUACUGUCGCCAUUACAAAAGUACCAUCGUGGUUGCGCUUCCACCCAUCGUCCAUCCCUCAUCACCCAAGCACAACAAACCGAGCAUCGAGUUAUUAGCAUCACCACCCAACUCGGCAUGCCAUGACCAGCGUCGGUGCCUUUCCUCAGACCCCCGUGGCACCCCGAGUAGGGCGUGCCCGGCCAACUCCCUUCAACGACAAUCUUCCGCCAACCCUCCAACACCAGCCCCGACGACCACCGGCAAACCCCAAUCCGCUGCCCGUGGCUCCCCAAGCAGGCGGCGCACCCCCCACUGCCAACCCUCCCGUCAUUCCAUUAAACAUCCUCGAUGCCCCGACACAGCGUCUGUACGCGGUUGCCGUCUAUGCUGCGCUCUUGGCAUGGAAGCUCUACGACUGGGCCGGCGUGGUGGAGGAGGACACCGAGUCCUUGUGGCUGUUUCUCAAAUGGGUUGCCAUAGAUUGCGCCUUCUUGUUCGGCCUGCCAGAGCUUAGGAUACCAUGGCUGGAACUAUCGCAGCCCUUCGUUAUAUCGGCCUUCUUUAUUCACGCCUUCAUUGACUGGUCCUUGAUGUUCAACCUUGGGUUUGGUUGGCAGGGAUGGAUCAUCGGAAUUGUCAAGAUGUUUUAUGAUCGCGAACUGGCUAUUUCUGAGCACAACGUCAAGCUUUCCAGCAUUAUUCACAACCACUCGCUCAUCAUGGGCAAGCAAAUCAUCAACAUUCUCCCCGAGGGCUCAGCGGUGCUCAACCCCGAACGACACCCGCUCUGCUUGAGCAGUGACCAGAAGACCGCGCUCAUCCCCAUGUUUUUCAACGCUACCAUUCCAGUCGAAGUUGAGCUGCUUCGCACCGAUCUCGAAACGGGUCAUCAAGAGUCCAUCAAGCUCGGCAGAGUGCAUCUUAGGGAUAUCGAACGAAAGGCCAAGAAGAAUAGCGACCUUGAUGAUAUGCAGUCUGUGGUCCACUUUGAAUAUCCUGCCAAGAAGCCUGGCGCCUACCAACUCGGAAAAGUUCUGGACGAGUACAAGUUGGAGGUGCAGCGUCCUGGUUCCCCAACCUUUGUUGUGCCUUGCCCAAAGGCUUGGGUUGGGCCCACGACAACCCCCGGAAGGUGUCUUGCUGAUCUCUCGGAUCUGACUCUUCAGGUGGAAGGUACUCCGCCCCUCAAGAUCACUUACAGCCGUGCCAUCAAUGGCAAGGAUGUCAGCUUUCACUUUCAGAGCUUGCAGCCCGAGGGAUUCACGAGUCCUCUCGGCGCCAUACGGCCCACGAGUCUGGUGCAGGAUGACGAUGAAGACAUCUCCUGGGCCAGGCCCCAGCGCGUUCCUGUCAGUGUCAACGAGUCCAUGUACGCCAGCGGAAAGUGGCAGUACUCUGUUGACGAGGUCCAGGACGGAUUUGGGAACGUUGUUAAGUACAUUUCCCCUUCGGAAGAUCCAGAGGGCAAAGCCAAGCCCAAGGAACUGGUCCAGGACUUCCUCGUCAAAGAACGCCCAAUCCUUAAACUUGAUGGGUGUGAUCUGAGGAACCCGUUGAGGGCUGCCAGGGGUGACUCCAAGGAGCUGCCGGUCAAGUUUGGGAUUGGCGGUACGCCUGAUUCAACAGCGCACAGUCUGAGCUGGCUUUUCUCGCCCAUAGACACCCUUACAGAUACCGGAGAUCAUGGAGAUGUGGUUUCGGUUGGCACCUUCAAUGCUAAAAACGCCAGGGACAAACCAAGGAUCUCUGCUCCCGGUCUUUACACUCUCAAGUCUGUAUCUUCCGGUGGAUGUGAGGGUGAAGUGCGGGAGCCAUCCUCCUGCUUGCUUUUGAACCCUCUCGAACCAAAACUUUCACUGCGUUCAGAAGAAAUUCCAGACACAUGUGCUGGCAACUCGAUCGGUCUCCAGGUGGACCUUCACUUGAUUGGCACCCCACCGUUCAUCCUUCGAUACGAUAUCAUUGAAAACGGAAAAACGAGACACGCGGACCCGGUUAAGAUCCCUGGCCUGCGCCACCAGAUGGAGUUGAUUCCCAGCGUUUCCGGGCACCACAAGUACAUCUUCACUCAUAUCAGUGACGAUGUCUACAAGGGAGUCAAACUUUCGGGCCCAGAAUUCACCCUGGAGCAGGAUGUCAAGCCGCAGGCGAGCGCUAUUCUCCAGCAGACCAUCGGUAAAAAGGCUUGCUUGGGAGACCACGUGACGGCGGACGUCAUGCUCCUGGGAGACGCACCCUUCACUUUGGAAUGGGAAAUCAUCCACGAUGGAAAGAGAAAGGCCCACAAGGCUACCAACAUUGAAGGGAAUGAGUACCAAAUCUCGACGCCGCCUUUGACCCAGGGUGGCGAGUACACUCUGGCAUUGAGCAGCGUGCAGGACAAGAGAGGCUGCCGCAACUUUUUGAAGCAAGAGCUGAAGAUCUCGGUACGUCGCCAAAGCCCAAGGGCUGCUUUUGGCCAGAUUGAGCACAAGCGCAAGAUCACGGGCGUCGAGGGCUCGCCCCUUAGCCUGCCUUUGAGGCUCACUGGUGAGGGACCCUGGAAGGUCUCGUACAUCAAGCUCAACGACGACGCGGCUACGCGCCAAGAGAGGACUGUCAGAAACGACAAUGGUUUUCUUUCGGUCCGGGAACGUGGUACCUACCAGCUUGUGGAUGUUUGGGACAACCAAUGCCAUGGUGUUAUUGACCCCAAGACCUCCACAUUUGAGGUCGACUGGUUCUCUCGCCCCGACAUGUCUGUGCUGCUCUCUCACGGCGUUCAGCGAACGGAGACUGGAUACCGCCUGGAAGAUGUCUGCGAAGGUGAUGUGUCUGGUUUCGAGGUGGGCAUGAAGGGAACUCCCCCAUUCUCGAUUGAGUACGAGAUUCGCCACAAGCCCCCUCAAGGGUCAGCGUCUACUGCCAAGAAGAAGUUUGAUGUCGCCUUGAGAAAGGAAUCAAUCCAAGCCGACACAUCCAAGGCCGGCACAUACACGUACAAGUUCACGGCGUUGGAAGACCACCUCUACAACAGCGAUCGCAACUUCAAGCCCGUGCUCGUAGAGCAGAAGGUGAACAGCAAGCCCACGGCGGCAUUUGCCAAACCUGGACAAAACUUCAAAUAUUGCAAGUCUGAGCAGGGUGCGGAAGAAGGAAUCCCUGUCGUCCUCUCAGGUGUGCCUCCAUUUUCUCUGGAGGUCGAGAUCAAGCACCAAAGCGCCGCCCUCCCCGAGAUUUACCGGACCCCCGUCAUCAACUCGAACACGUACGAAAUCCAGAUCCCUCGGCAUCAGCUUCGCCUUGGUACCCAGAACAUCCGCAUCCGCGAUGUCAAGGAUGGCAGCGGCUGCCACUCGGCCACAGCCAACAUUGGCGGUCCUUCGAUCCAGGUGCAGCUCUUUGAGGCGCCCACCAUCUACCCGCUCGAGACACGCACCGACUACUGCGUGGGUGAGCGUAUCUCGUACACCUUGUCAGGCAGCCCACCAUUCGACGUCUGGUAUACCUUUGACGGCGUCGAGCGCAAAGCCAAGUCAACCACGACUAACUUCCGUCGCGUGGCCGAGUCGCCUGGUGAGUUUGUCAUCACGACCAUUUCAGACAAGUCGUCCGAGUGCAAGGCGCCUGUCAAUGUGGCCAAGACGAUCCACCCCAUGCCGGCCGUCAAGAUCAGCAGGGGCAAGAACGCUCGCGUUGAUAUCCACGAAGGUGGAGAGGUGGAGAUUCUGUUCGAGUUCUGGGGCACGCCUCCGUUUGAGUUUACGUAUACUCGUAGCACGAACGCGAAGAAGGGACAGAAGAGUGUUGUGUUGGAGACGAGGCACGAUAUUAGCCACGAGCACAGCAAGGUCAUCCGGGCGAGCCAGGAGGGCACGUACGAGGUUGUGGCCAUCAAGGAUAAGUUUUGCGCUUUUUCGACGAUGGGGGGAGAUGAGAAGGGUGAUAGGAAGGGACAGAAGAAGCUGGGGUAUUGAUGGGAGGCGUGUAGGGGCGGGGGGGUGAAUAUGAAUGGUGGGUGGACUGGUGGAUGUAGGACUGGGUUUGGGAGGAAGCGCUUGACAAAAGAAAUUGGUAUUUUAUCUUGGGGGUUUUUGUCACAUUUUUUUUAUUUUCUGGGAUUGUAACUAAAUGAGGUAAACCAUAGCACGGCGUUUUUGUGGGAAAUUGAAAUGGGUGAUGUUGGUAUUUAUGGGGGUUGGGGGAGAAUAGAACUUGGUGAC